CAAUCUACGCAUGCGUGUUAUGUAAGCUACUAAAACGUGUAUUACUGCCGUCACAUGGUGGCUUCGACUAGCUUAGCUGACGACGCACAGGCAGUAGUGUGUGUCCGCAGAAAAGAGCAAGCAAAGCUUGCGUCAGUCAUGGUUGGAAGGUUUGAAGACGCUCAGUAGAGUCGAUAUAGACGUGGCUUUGCGAAACCAUGGUAGAAAAUACCUCUAGAGACUUCUAAAACGCGAGGUACCACGUCGGAGACGCCUGGUAGCUUUAGAGUCGACCGUGUACGCGUGGCGUGUGGCUGUGUGCUGUGUGCUGUGUUGCGUGGGAUCGGCAACUUGUCGCGUGAAGGUUGAAGGUUGAAUCUUUUGCAGCGUCGUGUGACAUUGCAACAAGCCGUUGCAGGGUAACUCCAUAUGUAACAAGGUGGCUUCGAGUCGACCCUAAGUCGCCUAGGUAGUGGGAGAAGGCGAAGAUGCCGGGGACUCGAUGGAGGGAGCGGAGGGAGCGGAGCGACAACCUUAUGCAGCGCCUGCAGCACCGCGAGACGUUCCGCUCGCCGCCAUGCGCGCAGCUACACUCCGUGCGCCGCUUAUACGAGAACAUCGUGCCGUCCCAUACGGUGUACGACGUGGAGUCGCCGGAGCACGUGAUUCGCCGGUUCAGCCAUGACGGGCAGUACUUGAUCUGUUUCUCCAGGAACGGCCUUGAGCUCAUAGUCUACCGCUUCCUCUGGUUCCACUACUGCGCGCAGGGGGCAGCAGCAGUGGCGGAAGCAGAGGAGGACGAUCAUCUCCCCCCAUCCACCCGGAAGUUUGAGAAGUAUUUCGAGCAGCUGUACUGCGCGCCGCUGGGGCGGGGCAGCGAGGUGCUGUGCAAAGACCUCUUCCUCUGCUGCGAGGGCAGUGCUCUGGGGGUGUUUGCGUCGGCCACUCCUGCUGACCUGUCGUCCCCGCCUAGGGUUGGGGCAGUGAAAGGGGUGCCAGCGAUGGAGAGCAUUACUCUGCAUCUUGUGAGGCUCGCUGACGGCAAGGUGGUGGACAGGAGGGUGUUUCGCGACGACUAUAUAAACCUCACCCACAACGGAGGGGCGUUUCUGUACGAGGACCUGCUCUCUGUCCUCAGCAUUCGCUUCCAGCGGAUCCACCUCUUCCAGAUUGUUGAGGCAGCGGAGAGGUUUGUGGACGUGCAGGUGAUAGGCCCGUACGGGUGUGACGACGAUGAGCUCGUGCUACAGUCGCACUUUCAAGAAGAAUGGCGCUUCCAGCGGCACUUAGCUGAACUGCGGAGGAGACAGGCCCUCGGAGGGGAGGAGGCGGGAGGAAGAAGCAGCAAGGCAAGGGAUGGGCGAGAAGAGAAGAGAGGAGCACGAGACGAGGGAAAGAGGGAGGGAGGCAGGGGAGGAGGAAGAGAAGGAGGUGGGGCAGGGAGGGUCGGAGGGAUUGCAAUGUAUGAGAGGAGGUACGGGGGACAGGAUGGGAGCCUGCUAGCGCCAGGGGUGCGGACGAGUAUGGGCCCUCCUCAUGGGGGAGGGGGAAGAGGAGCAAGAAGAGAGGGAGGAGGAGAAGGAGGAGGAGGAGGAGGGGGGGGCGAGGGAAGAGCAGUGGCAGGGGCAGGGGCAGGAGGGGCGGGAGCGGUGGGGGGACGGGUGGGGAUCUAUGGAUGCAAGGGGGGGCGGCGAGCAGGAGUUUAACCAUGUCGACCUUUGGGUCGAGUCUCUUCAGUCUGUCGUAUGGUCCCGAUGGGCGUGCUUCCCUGCAAUCCCAGUCACACACUCACACCCACUCACCCACUCAGUCCCACACUCACUCACAGUCACAGCCACAGUCCCACUCACAAUCUCACUCACACUCGCAUGCUCACUCUCAGUCUCAUUCCCAUGCCCACUCACACCCUCACUCGCACUCUCGCUCGCAAGAGGUGAGAAGGCGUGGGGGACUGGGGGGGGCAGGAGCAGGAGGCAGGGGAGUUGGGGGAGCAUCCGCAGCAGCAGCAGCUGGAGCUGGUGGCUUCCCUUAUCUC